CCGUCGAGUAAACCGUGGAUUUCGAAUCUCCAAGUCGGCAGUAGUCAGUAGCAGUCAGUAGUCUCUGAACCCUCGAAUCGGCCGGACGUGACUCGAAUCAGUUUGUGGCAAGAUUCGUGUUUACAUCAGCUUUUCUUCAAAGUGACCCUCGGAGAACAAAAACACCCUUCUUGCAUUUUUUUAAUCCUUUUUUUCCCACCCGAUCGACGACUUUGUGGUAGCGGAGAUCGUUACCAAAUUUUACGCUGAAAAUCGGCAAUUUUUAGAAAUAAAAUACAGUCGUGAAUCGCGAAAAAGGACUGUGGUUGUUACAGCUAGUUCUUUGGAGAACGGAAGUGACCCUUAUUUGCGCGAAAAGAAGACGGGAAGACUCAUUGGUAGACCAAACGAGUCGAGAAUACGUUACGACGUAGCCGACUCGUACAAUGGUGGUAUCGCAGAACGACGGCGGCAGAAGUGUCGGGGGCGGUGUCGGUGGCGGUGGCGGUGGGGGACGUGAAAAUGACACCACGGUGUACACGUUGUCCGUGAGUGGCGUUGGUUACAGAAAUGAAGGUUUCAAGGACGACGGAACGGACGGUAUCCCGCCGGAACCAAGGAAGCCUCCUCAGCUUCCGUCCAGUGAUGAUGAUACGCAAUCACGAAAGUUCAAAUUAUCUCGUAGCGAAAAAUGGCGAAUUCUUAAAAAUAUCGGCACGGUGUCGAUAGCGUUCAUGGUGCAAUUUACGGCCUUCCAGGGAACCGCCAAUCUCCAAUCCUCGAUCAAUGCAAAGGAAGGUCUCGGCACGGUCUCACUAUCCGCGAUUUAUGCGGCCCUCGUGCUUUCGUGUAUCUUCGUGCCCACUUUUGUGAUAAAGAGGCUGACGGUCAAGUGGACCCUAUGCGUGUCCAUGCUUUGUUAUGCGCCCUAUAUUGGUUCCCAGUUUUACCCAAGAUUUUACACUCUGGUUCCAGCUGGAGUACUCUUGGGUCUGGGAGCUGCUCCUAUGUGGGCAGCAAAAGCGACCUACCUCACACAAGUGGGUGGUGUGUACGCGAAACUUACCGAUCAACCUGCUGACGCGAUUGUCGUCAGAUUCUUCGGGUUCUUCUUCCUUGCUUGGCAGACGGCGGAACUCUGGGGAAACCUCGUUUCUUCUCUUGUUUUAAGCGGAGGAGAAUUUGGAGGAGCCAGCAAUUCCACAAGCAAUGACAAUGCAAAAGUCAAAUUAUGUGGAGCAGAUUUCUGCGUCCAUGGAAAUGGUGGCCACGAAAGUUUGGAACGACCACCAGACUCCGAGAUUUAUGAAAUCUCGGCAAUUUAUUUAUCUUGCGUCGUCGUGGCUGUUAUAAUAGUCGCCCUCUUCGUAGAUCCUCUUUCCAGGUAUGGAGAGAAACAGAGAAGAGCUGACAGUCAAGAAUUAAGUGGAAUUCAACUUUUGUCUGCGACAGCAUAUCAGCUGAAGAAACCAUAUCAGCAACUUCUGAUUCCCAUCACUGUAUGGAUUGGUAUGGAGCAGGCUUUCAUUGGAGCUGAUUUCACACAGGCUUACAUUUCCUGUGCACUGGGAGUUCACAAAGUUGGCUAUGUCAUGAUUUGCUUUGGAGUGGUGAAUGCUGGUUGUUCGUUGCUUUUUGGAUCGAUAAUGAAAUUUAUUGGUAGACAACCAGUGAUGGCGUUAGGAGCUGUGGUCCAUGUAUCAUUAAUCGCGGUUCUUCUUAAUUGGAAACCACAUCCUGACAAUCCUUACACUUUUUAUACGAUCUCAGGACUUUGGGGCGUUGGAGAUGCUGUCUGGCAAACGCAAGUUAAUGGACUCUACGGAACUCUCUUCAGGCGCAACAAAGAAGCAGCAUUCUCAAACUACCGUCUUUGGGAGAGUGCAGGAUUCGUCGUAGCCUAUGCUUACAGCACACAUCUCUGUGCCAGAAUGAAGCUCUACGCCCUCUUGUUUGUCCUUAUAAUCGGAUCAGCUGGCUAUGUGGUUGUCGAGAUCCUCCACUGGCGCAAGCAAAAAAGGCUCAAGGCCAUAGCAGAAGAUCCCAAGGCAGCCCAGGCGGAAGCCAAUCAACCGGAAGAGACAGACGAUGAAACGGACGACAUCGAUGAUGACAUUAUCAUAACUCAUCUCUGAAGGCGAUCUAGCCACUCAAUCUCGUUUCAUCCUCUUCCUCCACCUCUGGAAUCUAUCGAUCCCAAUCAUUAGUUCCUGGCAACAUUCAUUAAGAAAAUCAAAGAACCAGGGAUCAAUUCAAGGAGGUGGUCGUUAUCAGAUACCCAAAACGAUUUUUAAAGAUCGAUCAACUUUCAAUGAGUCUCUUCUGGUUUUCACUGGCAUCUAAGCUCAGCGAAAGGAGGGUUGAAAUCCUCUUCCAGAAAGUUCAAAAUCUCCCAGCAAAAGGAUUUUUUAGGUAAGGUUCUGAGUGAAAGAAUCAUUAGGACUUGUCAAACAUUUCAUCUCGUUUCUCGAUCCUGCUCAAAGACCCUCUUGGGUAACACUUCCGCCUCUCUCCGACUUCCACCUGUUCGAAAAAAUUCGACUUCAAUGUGAGCCAAAUUGACUGCAAAUUCCACUUGAGAAUAGAAAGGAGAAGUCGGCGGCAGAGUUGGAAAAGUAUUAGACCUAGGUGUACUUAGUUAAUUUUUGAUACUCUUUUUUCCGAGCAGUGGAACUGCUCAGAAAAAUUUGAAACGUUCGUGGAAUUCCUACCAAACCAGGACGGAGACAACUAAUCUCUUCGAUUCGAUUAACCUGGCAAAUAGAUUGAUUUGACUAAUGUCAGAAAAGAAUCCGAGUUAUUCCCUAAAUUAUUUUAACCUUCUUGACUCAUCUUCUUUGCUGUGCAUUGUACAGCAAUCUUAUCUGAAGUUCGGAACAGUCAUCUCUCACUUUCAUGAAUCUUUAAAUAUAACCUCAAAUGUCCUUGAUUCUGAUGGUGUUUAUUGAAUAUCCAUUUUCUAAUACGAUACACAUAAUUGAUGCUCAUAAAAACUAUGAGAAAUAGAGCUAUUUGAAUCCCAGUUUGAAGAUUCGUAAGUGACAGACGACAAAGUGCUGAUUUGCUAUGUUACAUUUGAACGACAGUUCUAUGGAGAUCAUCGGAUCUAUUUGCCACUCGAAUUAACUCAUUCGAACAUGUGUACAAAGCGCCUCCGUCCUUUCAAUUGUUACCAGGGUUUCAUUCAUUCUUGACCAGGACAAUGAAAUGGCAGCGAAGCUUUACUGUAUCAGCAAACGUUUCACUGCCGGGUUUUCUUUUGUUUAAUCUGACCGAAGGAGUCAAAGGAAAUGGAGACCUGACAGCUUUAGUCAAAGUUGACAAUCGAGGAUAGGUAAAUAAGUACAUUAUGCGCUUCGUCUGAAAUGAACAAAAGACGAACUCUGCAGAAAGUGCCUUUUACGUUUUACAUUAUGAAUUUUCAUCUCGGGUUUUCUAUACCUCGUUCGAUAAUCUCGAAACCGUAUGCGCCAGGGCGGAAGACUCGGAAAUAUUCUGUCCUUGCAUUACGUUAGACCUGCGCAGCGAGAAAAAUCCCGAUGUAAGCAGAUGUUGCAUUUCCACAUACAUUUCUUCUAAAGAGCGGAAGUUAGCUUGAGUUGUGGGGGGACCCUCCGUGGGAGGGGUCAACUUUCCCACCACUCGGGCUCUUCAGAAGAAAUUAGAGUGGAAGUGCAACAUUUGCUUCGGUCAGAAAUUUCUUCUUGCUGGGCAAGUCUGCUCUACGUGCUUACUCAUACAAAAUUCCAAUACAAUGGGGAAUUUUACAAGAUAACGAACAAAAGAGAAAUUAUAGCUUAUUGUAGACUAACAUCUGACAAGAUACAGUUAAAAAAAAAAACGCGAACUUUUAUCAAAUCGGUUUCAAUUAUUGGAAGGAAGGAAGGUUUGGUAGCGAAGAAUAAAAUCCAAAAGUACAAGGCAGUAUUUUCAGUAUUUUUCUCCAAUUGUCCAGAUACAAUCUCAAAAUGUGAGAAAGUUAAUCCUUAGCAAUCUGAGGAAUCUCCUUUUUUAUAAUAAUAAGUUUCAUUUAUAGUGAUUAGUUUUUAGCGAGCGACACGAAUUUGAAAUACGCAUAACAGCGAUAAUGGGACCAAGACUUUUCUUAUUAUCUCUCUCUAGAGUCUAGAUAAUUACCUAGCUAGAUCGAUAGGAUAAAACAUAAAAAAUAGGUCAAGUUAAGAAGCGUGUUGGCAAAUUGUAGGCAUGCAAUGUCCAGACUCCACUAGUCCAGGACUCAGAGCUUUCUCUCCAGUUUUACAUAUACGCGUGUGACAGUUUUUCUUCGCGUAUGUCAAGGUGUGUACGUUUGUGCAGGUGUGCCUAUUGUAAUAUGUACAUAUAUAUUAACAUUCGCAAUCUUCCAAUUCCAUCAAGAUUUUUUAAUGAUUUUGAAAUUUUCAUCGGAAUUUUUGAUAAAUAUUUUUCUGCAAAAUGAAACCUCAGCAUUCCCUAACAAUGCUGAAUUGUACAUAGAAUACUCACAAAAUAUACUCUAGAAAUUGAUGAACUUUUGUAGAUACUGAUGCACAAAAAUUUGUUGUUUAUUUUGCAUCAUAAAAAAAUGCAUGAUUAAUAAAUAUGGUGGGAUUAGAAGAUUCCUUGGAUGUGAUUACAGGUCAGCAAGCAUACAGGGAUGUGUCAGAAUAAUUACCGUUUUCUGUUUGUCGAUCCUUAAUGAAACUAAGGGACAAUAUAAAUAUAUAAAUAUAUUUUUUUAAUCGAUAAGAUAAGUCGUUAUUAACUCUAUAGAAAAACGCACACCUGGCUCACCAAUUUUGGUUUAGCCUGGCCACUGUACAGUAUGAAAGAUGCAUUUAAUUAUUAGUUUUGCCCAUGAUUUUUAGAAAUUAAGAUUGUUAUUCUGGAUGAUGACGACGAUCACGAAUGAGAUCAUUAACUGUUAUUGCUAUCAGAUCAUUUUUGCUAUUGCUAUAUAGUUACUAUUAUCUUUUAUUGUAUCGUCGAGUUAUUAUUACCCUUGUAUUAUGUUUGCAAGAGAUUGUUCAUUGUAUAAUUAUUAUUUUAGGUAUUACCGACACAUUAUGUUAAUAAAUAGCGUUAAUCUAGCAACAUUUUAUUAAAUUAAAAAUUAAAAU